AUGCGUGUAUGGGAUCAUAAAGCAUCAAGAACAACCGGUGCUGUGGUACUCCCGCAUGCGUGCCUCCUGCACUUCGCGCUUGUCCAGCUUGCCACGGUUCAUGGACAUGUCGGCGAGCUGCUGCUUCUUCUUGGCAAGCUCGAGGAUCUUCUCCUCGAUGCUACCUUUCAUGAUGAACUGCACCGUUUCCACAGCGCGGCGCUGACCCAGUCGAUGAACUCGAUCCACGGCCUGGGCAACUGCAGCAGCAGGGUUGUACUGGGGCUCCAUGAUGAACACCCGAGAUGCCGAAGUCAGAUUGAGACCAACACCACCAGCGCCAAUGGUGGCCAGAAGCAUGGUGAUUUCGUUGUCCUGGGCGAAGGCCACAAGCGCUUUGCCACGUGCUUGGAGACUCAUGGUACCAUCCAGACGGACGAACUUGCUGAGGCCCUUGUCACGAAUUGCGAUUUCGAUCAAAUCUAG